AUGUCUGGCCAGGACCCUGAACAGAAGCGUUUCUCGCCCAAAGUGCCGGUUCAGCUUGACCCUCCCAAAUAUGAUCCGAUUACCGUAGAAGAGCUGUCCAAGUGCGAUGAAGACCUUGUUGCUGAUUUUGUGUCUCCGAGUUCCCUAGGUACGGACCCAAAUCGCCCGACUUUGGUGGCUAUCAAGGGAAUUGUUUUUGACGUGACCAAGAACUCUGCCUAUAGCCCUUCUGGCCAGUACCAUGUCUUUGCAGGAAAAGACCCCUCUCGGGCCCUCGCCUGCUCGUCUCUUAAGCUCGAGACUUGCAAGCCCGAUUGGUAUGAUCUCGAAGAUAAAGAGAAGACCGUACUGGAGGAGUGGUUCACAUUUUUCAGCAAAAGAUAUAACAUUGUGGGCAAGGUCCAAGAUGCCACGAAUUAUUGA